AUGGCCGAUCCACAUCACGAAAUCGUUCAAAUGAGACAAGUUGUGACUCAAGCAAAACCAAACACAACUUUAUAUCAAAUUGCUAUGAGAUAUUCGGGAUACUAUAGUUCAUCUGAUGACGAGGAUUCCCUUUUCGGGAGCACGGGACGGGCAAAGGGAUUGCAUAAGGAUUUACUCCAGAAAUCUCUUCAUCAACAACAAAAGGAGAAUGGAAAUGUUGGUGAAUAUGUGGAAGUUCGGAGUUCUCGACCGUCCUCUCGAGUCAUCCCACCAGAUGUCACACAAAAUGCAGGUCGUCCCUUAUUUCAACCAUUUCAAUCAAAUCAAUCGAAUCAAUCAAAUCAAUCGGAUUAUAUGGUAAUGAAUGGGACAAAAGCGGAAAUAAUGUUGAGAAGAGUCGAACAAAUACAGACACGGAAUGAACAGAAAGCAGCCGAGAUCAUUGCGAAUCGUUUGGUGCAAAACGGGAAAGAGAAUGGGAAUGGAGUGAAAGAAAGAGAACGAAAAGACGAGGGAACACCGAGAAAUGCUGAUAUUAGAGCAUCAAUCAUCGACGAUGUCGUCUAUGUGAACACUCAACCACAAACGACAUUAAUCGGCAGCCCGGAUAGUGCUCAUCAGGAUUACGAGAAUGCAUUGAUCUUGAAACCGACUCGAGUCUCAAAAAGGAUUCAACAAAUGCAACACAAUUUACAGAGGCCAAAGACGAAACCGUUGCAAGAGUUUUACAAUGAUGAUGACGCUGAAUUAGAAGCGAUGGCACGAGUGGCUGAUCCGUGCGCUCCACGAGCUGAAGGAGCGACGAUGACUCCGGUGAGAGGGGAUGGACUGACGGGCACGACUGCGCACACAUUGCCGAAAUCCGUUGACUCAGCUCUUCAUCGAUACGGUACAACAGCUCCAAAAGCGAUUGCAGCUGUCGUUUUGGAUCAGCACGGGAAAUUGGGAGAACAGUUAACAUAUGGGAAAUUGCUAUCCCGAUCGAGCAAAGUGGCCUACAUGCUUUUGAAUAAACAAGUGCCACAGGGUGGACGAGAUGCGGCCAAAGGACCUUUGUGUAGGCCGGGCGAUCGGAUAGCGUUGGUUUAUCCCAACUCCGAUCCACUACAUUUCCUGCCAGCUUUUUACGGAUGCCUUUUAGCCGGUGUCAUCCCAGUACCAGUCGAAGUGCCAUUAUCGAAAAGGGAUGCCGGCAUUCAACAACUCGGUUUUUUGCUUGGGAGUUGCGGGGUGAAAGUCGCGUUAACAUCGGAGGCUUGCUACAAAGGAUUGCCAAAGGCCGCUUCCCCAAAUGGCAGCAACACGGAAGUGGUAGACUUCAAAGGAUGGCCUCGUUUGUAUUGGCAAACUACAGAGAAUUUGGGUAAACCAUCGAGAGAUUGGACAGCACCGCCAAGGGUCACUGAUGAGAGUGUGGCUUACAUUGAGUAUUCACAGGAUCGAGAAGGCGCUGUGAAGGGUGUUUGUGUGAGUCGGCAGGCGAUGUUGGCCCAUUGUCGAGCGAUCACGCUGCAAAUGGAUUAUAAAGAAGGCGACACAGCAAUUUGUGUGCUCGAUUGGAAACGUGAGGUCGGUCUCUGGCAUGCUGUUCUUGCAUCGGUUUUCUGUGGGAUGCGAGUGAUCUUUGUCCCGUAUUCUCUAAUGAAAAUCAACCCCGCCAGUUGGAUGAUACAAGCAACGAAAUUACAAGCCUCUGCGGCCCUUGUGAAAUCCCGUGAUCUCCAUUGGGCUCUCCUGGCCACUCGGGAUCAUAAAGAUGUCAAUUUCGCCUCAUUGCGGAGUUUAGUUGUGGCUGAUGGAGCGAAUCCUUGGUCUUUAUCUUCUUGUGACCAAUUCGUGGCCACAUUCAGCUCACGAGGUCUCCGUCCCGAUGCAAUGUGUCCAACAGCUGGUAGCUCCGAGACAGGCACUAUAUCGCUUAGAAGACGAGCCACCUCCACCCAACCGGGCACUCAAUCGGGCAGAGGGAUCCUCUCAAUGUCCGCCCUUUCUCACGGUGUUGUCCGCGUUGAACAAGAGAAUGCCCUCAAUUCUUUGACUUUACAAGAUGCCGGUCAAGUCAUCCCGGGAGGAUCAGUCGUUGUCGUCAAACAAACCGGAGCACCGAGAUUGUGCAAAGCGGAUGAGAUUGGCGAGAUCUGCGUGUGUGCUCAUUCGGGCGGUCAUGCUUAUUGGGGUUUGGAGGGGAUCUCAGCAUCAACAUUCCGCGUGGAACCACUCGCAUCAGAUGAUCGUCCAUUGGGACCAUUGCACUAUGUUCGCUCGGGAUUGAUUGGAUUCAUGGGACCGGAUGGCCUAAUCUUCGUUGUUGGCAAGAAAUCCUCGCAACUUUUCGUCUCGGGACGACAACAUUCAGCGGAUGACAUCAUUGCGACCGUGCUAGCGGUUGAGCCGAUGAGAUUCGUUUAUCGAGGUCGAAUUGCUGUUUUCUCGAUAAAUGUGCUUCGAGAUGAGAGAAUCGUGGUCGUUUGUGAGCAAAAGCCGAACACGAGUGAAGAUGAUGCAUUUCAGUGGAUGAGUCGCGUGCUACAGGCAGUCGAAUCGAUUCACCAAGUGGCCAUUUAUUGUCUAGCGCUCGUCGUCGCCAAUCAACUCCCAAAAACCCCACUUGGCGGCAUACAUGUGGCUGAGACGAGGCAAAGAUUUCUGAGCGGCGAACUUCAUCCGGCAACACUCUUGAUGUGUCCGCACAAUUGUGUCCUCAAUCUACCAAAACCAAGAGAGCGUCAAUCAGACGUUGGGCCAGCUGCAAUGUAUGUUGGGAAUAUCGUGCAAGGUGUCCGAAUGGGACAAGCUGAUGGACGAUCGUUGGGUGGAGAGGAUACGUUCGCUUCACUCGCCGACAUUUUGAGGCAACGAGCCGCUCAAACGCCCGAUCAUAUCAUCUACAGCCUAGUCACAAAUAAGACCCUGGAGAAUCCGGACUCGUUGACUUGUGGCCUUUUGUUGAAACGAGCCGAGAGAAUCGCCUCGUUGUUGACUGAUAAGGCUCGUCUCAACGCUGGGGAUCAUGUGUCCGUCGUUCUCCCGCCCGGUCUCGAGCUGAUCGUCGCUUUCUUCGGAUGUCUUGUAGCUGGAAUGGUCCCCGUUUGUGUUCGUCCGCCUCCACCCGGUCAUCUGUCCGAAGCUCUUCCAACAAUUCGUGCAAUCGUUGAUGUGAGUCGAUCAGUGGCCGUUCUCUCGAGUCAAACGAUCACCAAAUUGUUGAAGAGUAAAGAAGCAUCUCAUCGAGUCGACACAAAAGCUUGGCCAUUAAUUUUGGACAUAGAAGAUGCGCCAUCAAGUGCAAAACGAAAAGGAACAUUGGAAAGAGAGACUGUCGAUCCAAGAGCUCCCGCUUAUUUGGACUUUGCCGUUUCGACAACAGGUCAAUUGACGGGUGUCAUCAUCAGCCAAUAUUCCGCGUCGACAUUAUGCAAGAGUUUGAAGAUUGCUUGCGAAUUGUACCAAUCUCGACACGUUUCCGUGUGUCUCGACCCAUAUUCUGGCCUCGGAUUGGCCCUAUGGUCUCUAUCCAGUGUCUAUUCAGGACAUCACACAACUUUGAUCCCGCCAAGUGAGGUGGAAACGAGCCCAUCUUUAUGGCUACAAACGGUUUCAAAUGGGAAAAUGAGAGACACUUUCACGUCGCAUACUGUAAUUGAGACUUGUGUAAAAGAGCUGGCACCACAAGUGGCACAAUUGAAAGAGAAAGGACUCAAUUUAUCGUGUGUUCGUACAUGUGUCGUUGUUGCUGAGGAGCGUCCCCGUGUCCCUCUUCUCUCCGCUUUCUCAACUCUUUUCUCUACACUUGGACUUUCACCUCGAGCCAUAUCAACCUCAUUUGGUACUAGAGUUUGUCCAGCUAUUUGUAUGCAAGGAGCAUCUGGACCUGAUCCAGCACAGAUUUGGGUUGAUGGACGCUCAUUGAGACACGAUCGAGUUUCUGUUGUUGGCAAAGGAGCACCACAUUCCAUUGCACUUGUUGAGACGGGAAAGCUUCUGCCCGGUGUUCGAGUGGUGAUUGCAAAUCCGGAAACUCGCGGUGUUUGUGCGGAUUCACAUCUCGGUGAGAUCUGGGUCUCCUCAUCGCAUAAUGCGGACGGAACUUUGGAUCGACAUGCACACAAUGAUACUUUCGAGGCUCGUUUAACGACUGGGGACACGAAAACGAGAUGGGCACGAACAGGUUAUCUGGGUCUUGUACGUCAGACUGAUGCAGUGACGGAAAGUGGAGGAUUGCAUGAAGCCGUCUUUGUUGUCGGCCCAUUAGAGGAAACGAUCACUUUGAGAGGAAUGAGAUAUCAUCCAUCGGAUAUUGAGUACACAUUGAAUAGAGGACAUCGACUGAUUGGAGAGAGCGCCGUUUUCACGUGGAAUCACCUUUUGGUGGCUGUUGUUGAAUGUUCGGGUGGAGAUGAUUCAUUGGACGUUGUACCGGCGGCUACGGGAGCUGUUUUAGAGGAACAUCAUCUCAUUCUUGGGGUUGUUGUCAUCGUCGAUCCAAACACAAUCCCCACGAAUUGUCGAGGCGAAAAGCAGCGUUAUUUAUUGAGAGAUCAAUUUCUGCAAGAUAAAUUAGACCCAAUCUAUGUGGCCUAUAAUAUG